AAGAUUGAAGAUGAGGAUUUGGAUUCUAAUGAUUUUGAACAUGAGGCAUCACUUUUGAGCUCAAUUAGACAUCCACAUAUUGUAACAUUUUAUGGUAAUUUGGAUACCUUUAUUUAUGGCUUGAAAAAUCAUAAAAAGAAGAUUUCGUUCGUGCAAAAGAUUAGAAUACUUUCGAAUAUUGCUUCUGGAAUGUCCUAUCUCCAUGACCGUUGCAUCAUGCACAGAGAUUUGAAACCUGGAAAUAUUUUACUUUCGAAUGAAUUAACAGCAAAGAUUACAGACUUUGGCUUGUCAAAACUCUAUACUACGGAUAGUGGAAGCAUGACCAAGACUUGUACAGUUGGAACU